AUGGAUAUUACAGAGGACACGAUUCCGGAGCUUCAGCCCAUCUUUUCCUUCCUCAACAGCCACUCCAACAAGCUGUACCAGGAAGGCUAUUUCCUCAAGCUCGACGACCAGAAUACACGUAUGCUUGAUCUCGCACACCCUCUUAUCCCCUCCCCCACAGAGCCCCUACCGCCAAGCCCCCUCCACCUUAGGCGGCCCAUUCACACAUCUAGCGAUGAACAGCCCCUACAGAACAUUCUGAGCAUCUCAACAGCCGGAAGAAACCGCUAUCUUCUUCACUUCAACUCGCGCCAUUCGCUGCUACAAUGGACUGCUGGAAUCCGGCUCGCCAUUUUUGAGCAUUCCACGAUGCAAGAGGCCUACACCGGUGCCCUCAUUGCCGGCAAGGGUAAAACACUGAAUAACAUUGGCGUCAUCAUGGAGAGGUCGCGGUUCAAGACCGAAGAAUGGGUUAGGGUCCGCUUCGGUGCCGGUGUUCCUUGGAGGAGAUGUUGGUGUGUCAUUACACCACCCGACGAGAAGGAGUACGCGAAGCUCCAGAAGGAGAUGAAGAAGAGGUCGCCAUAUGACCGGUCCCAAGUCCCCACUCUAAAGGGAGAUAUCAAGUUUUACGACCAGCGCAAGGACGGCAAGAAGCAAAAGAAAGCUCAACCGAUUGCCACGAUCACGGACGCCUACUCGGCAUAUGCCAUUUAUCCUCAAGCCAAGUCACUGAUCGAGGCUUCGACGCUGCUCAAGAUUGAGGGCAACAUCGCUAUCCAUACCGACCCACCUUCGUCUACCGAGGGCUUCGUCUUCAUCAUGCCCGAGACUCACCCAGCCGUCACUGGCUUCGAGAUGUUGUUGCGGUUCCUCUUCCCCACCUGGGAUACCUUUGGCCUGUACGGUCGCCCAGGAAAGCUCGUUGCCAGCGUCCUGGACUCCCGAUCUCUGAUGUUUGCCAUGCCUAAGAGCUCGCGUUACGGUUAUCUCGAAAACCUCGACGUCUCCAACCUAAUUCUCGAAGAUGGUAGCUCUAACUGGGGCGAGAGAGAUUGGAGAAAGAAGCUCAAGGAAGCGACUGGGACAAGGAUGAAUGCUAUGGAUGAUGCUCCGACUACUCGAUCCCGAAGUAACAGCCGAAAGAGCGUCAGGCUGAGCUUUGGGGACGGUGCGAAACAAAGAAUCGGGUUCCAAGACCAGCAAGGUCCUACCAGGUCUUCUCGUUCAUUCUCUCUGACUGAGCGUACGCGAACCGAUUCUGCACCUGCCGAUCCAUCACGGGUGGCCUUUGGUCAAGGUGGUCAUGGCCGCAACUCCUCUGACCCCAACCAUUUGGCCGGUCCUCCUCCUCCUCGCCAUGAUUUCAAUGGCAACAGCCCCUAUUCUGGUUCGCCCCAGCGUGGCCCAACCCCUGUGGGCGGCCAGUAUCAAAAUCAGGCGCCUGCUGAGCUCGGCAGUGGUUAUGAAAACAACCGUGGUGCUUCAGGCUCGCCCCCUUUGAGAGAUUUGGAUGGCAUGCGAAAGAUGCAUACUCCGGAGCCCGUUUCACGACCCCCGGCAUUCAACCAUGGGCCCCAGGCCCGGCCCAUGAGCAAGGCGUACCACUCUCCUGAGCUCAGGCGAGCUAACAGCAGGCUUUCUAGCUCCACGCUUGCCCAGCUUGCUACAGCUGGAGGCUUGGGCGGACCAAAUGAUUCGAAUCCUUCUCCCAGAGAAGGCGAGGUGGACGCUGCGAGAUCUGGACCAUCGGUACCUCAAUCACACGCCAACUCCGUAGGGAUAUCUGCUAACGACAACCGCUCGCGUGAAGCUUUAAGUCCGCCAAACCAGGAUCCCUCCUCCAACAACCUCCCACCACCGCUCAAUCUUCAAAAACAACGAUCUCGAUCCCCCCUAGCCCAGUCCCCCUACGGACCUCCAAGCCCUUAUGCGCGUGGGCCGAACUCCCGACCUGGAACCUCGGACGGUAAGCGGUCUCCCAUGCCCCCAGGUAUGGGCCCUCCACGCUCCCCUCAUCCGCAAAACCCCAACCGUCGACCCGACAUGGGGCCCGAUGGACGGCGACCUUCAGACCCUCGCCGCCCUGGCCCUGGACCUGAUGGACGACGACCUUCCGAUCCUCGUCGUCCCGGACCUGACGGACGGAGGCCUUCGGACCCCCGAGGUCCCGGACCCGAUGGCCGGAGACCCUCAGAUCCCCGGGCCCGUGGCAACGGACCCCCACCGCCAGGUCAUGGCCCACCACCCCCUGGACCUUACGGCAAUUUUCGGCCAGGCCCCGGUCGAUCUCCUGGACCUCAUGGGCCCCCAGGACCCCCCGGGCCACAUGGACCUCCCAUGCAGAUGGGCCAUCGAAAGCCUGUGCCCGAGAGAGCGCCGACUUUUGAAGCGCCGACCUUUGAAGAACCCAAGACGUCAACCAUGUCGACCAGCAGUGUCGUGACAGCCAACGAAAUCAUCGACCACUAUGUAUUUGACCAAGGUCGCCGACCUGUGGGAACGCCGACCUCUGACAGAAGGCCGCCCCCGCCUCAACGACAGGGCAGCAACAGGAGUGGCCAGAGCAGCCAUUACGACGACAGCUCUUCUAUGAACAGCAUCGACUAUGCCAGCACCCACAAGUCUACUGAAACCAAGAAGUCUGUAGAGCGACCUCGCGCUGGAGUUCUCAAGACAGUCGGUGGCAGUGACGAGCCUGAAAUGCCACGAGACGCCGGUUAUGACAUCCCGGACAUUAACUUUGGGCCGACCAUUAACUACGGUGCCACUCAACAGCACAACAGAACACCUGGUGCUCUGACUCCUGGAUCAGACCCGGCUCAAAGACCUUAUUCCCCUGCGGGCCAGGCGCCCACACCGCCGGCGCACAAGUCAUCUGGAUCCCAUGGAUCCCAGGGAUCUCAUGGACGCAAAGAUUCCGAAGACAUGAAGCGAAUGAUGGCAUGGCAGCCAGGUGCAUCGGCACCACCGUCCGGCUCCCAAGGCCUCAGUGCCGAGCAGUUUGUACAGCAGAGAGCGGCCCAUGCUCGCAGCGCCUCUAGCAACACGCUGAGUGGAGGUCGACCUACGACGCCUGGUGGAUCAAUGAAGCGUACCAGUUCUUACGACAUGCUUCAGGGCCUGCAAGGUGGCUCAGGUCGGCAUUCACGAAAUAGUUCAGUUGACUUGCUGUCCCGUCCCGGGUCACGCGGCGCGAACUCGGCUCUCAACUUUGCCAGCCCGGGAGAUGCACCCACUCAUCUCAGCGCUCGCGAGCAGGAGCAGGUUGCUCGUCUGACGGGAGCGCCAUUGAUCAGUGUGCCCGGGCAUCAACGGCAGGGGUCUCAAGGCUCCGCCAUGAUGGGACAUCAAAGACAAGCCUCCUCUGGUUCGGGGUUGGUCGCCGCUAUCGAAGCCCGAGAACGUGAGAAGCAGCAGAUGAAGCAGGGCAUGAGCAGCCAGGCGGUGCAGCACGCGAUCAAUCAGCGACAGCAACAACAGGCUGCCAUGGCAUACCAACAACAGAUGGCGCAACAGCAGAUGGCCCAGCAGCAAAUGAUGCAGCAGCAGAUGGCACAGCAGCAGCAAAUGGCUCAACAGCAAGCAGCAUACCAGCAACAAGCCUAUCAGCAGCAGCAACAGCAAAUGGGCGGUGCAUACAGCACCAUGGGUCGAGGAGGCGGAGGCGGGCAGUAUGGCGCUGGGGGAAUGCCAUAUGGCGCACCCCAGCAGCAGGCGGGAGGUUACGGACAACCAGCCAGUUUCUCGCGGCCGCUCCGGACACCAACGCAGGUUGACCCCCGGUUCGUGCCACCACAGGGUCAGUAUGGCCCGGCGCCCGGAUCUCAACAGACGCCGCGCAAUGUCCACCCACAGUACCAGGGGCAGGCAUUUUAA